ACUUACUGUAAUACUUACUGUAAUACUUACUGUAAUACUUACUGUAAUACAAUCCUGUAAUAGCGUUAGCUGCAAAAUCUCACUUUUUUUAAUUUUGUUUGUGGUUAACACAUUUACAACCUCAAAUGUGAUAGGUUGCAUCCUUAUACCACUUAUAAAGAAGAGCCAAUCCACGUCUUCUUCACUUAUUUUCCACUCCCCAGGUACAAGAUGGAACUCAACCAGGAGAAUACUUAUACUAAACCUUACUCAAGCAACCAUAUUCAAACACAAAUCUCGCAAAAACCUUCAAUAAAUAUUAAAUCAUUUCCAGAAAACUAUCAAGUCAUUUCAAAGCUUGGUAGCGGCAGCUUUGGCUCGGUGGUUUUGGCAAGAUACAGAAAGGAUCAGGAUAAUUUAUUGAGAAAAGAUGCUAAAUGUGAAAGUACAAUGUUAAGUCCUUUAAAAGAAUCAUAUUGCCAUCUUGAUAGUUUGGUUGCAAUUAAAACUAUGAAUAAACGAUUACCUAACUUGACUGAUUAUUAUAAAGUUAAAGAAAUUCAAUUUAUUCAUUCAAUACCUUCACAUCCAGGUUUAGUUCAAAUUUACGAUAUCUUUAUUGAUAAUAAUAAUUUCCAAUUACAUAUUGUAAUGGAAUCAAUGAAUUCGAAUCUUUUCAAUCUUGUUAAGCAAAGAAAUAAUGAUCAUUUUUCUCCACAAACUUUGAAAAGUAUCUUGACUCAAUUAUUAGGUGCAAUUCUUCAUAUUCAUAAUCACGAAUUUUUCCAUAGAGAUGUAAAACCAGAAAAUAUCUUGGUUAUCCCCACCCUGUUAUAUUUUGGCUCAAAUGAUUCAAUUCCUCCAAAUAGAAAGAAGGAUCGUUAUAUAAUUAAGCUUGCUGACUUCGGUUUAUCUAGAAGUAUUCAUAAUUUUAAACCCUAUACCGCUUAUAUUGCCACUAGAUGGUAUAGAUCUCCAGAAGUUUUAUUAAGAAAAAAAUGGUAUGGGAAACCUUUUGAUAUUUGGGCUUUUGGUACAGUGGCAGUUGAAUUAGCUAAUUUUAAACCACUCUUCCCCGGCGAAAAUGAAUUAGAACAAUUAUAUUUAAUAUUAAGAAUUUUAGGUAAUCCUUCAAUGCCAAAUAAAAUCAUCUCCUCACAUAAUUCUUAUAAAAUCCCUCUUGGUGGUUAUUGGGAUGAAGCCCAAACCCUAGCUUCAAAACUUGGUUUACAUUUACCCUUUUGUAUUGGCAGUCUGAUUAAUGACAUUCUUCCAGAAAAUUAUUAUCCUGGAUUAAAAGAUGUUAUUAAAGCUUGUCUUACUUGGAAUCCAGAUUUAAGAGCUGACGUUAACACUCUUUGUUCUUUACCUUAUUUCCAAAAUACGAGUAUUUAUCAAGAUAAAGAAGAAAAUAAAUCAAAAAAACAAAUUCUUAAUGGUUUAAAACUUGGCUCUUCUUCGAUUAAAUUAUCAAAUUUUACUAAUAAAAUUUUCCCUAAAACAUCAAUUGACAAAAAUGUUUAUGAUGAUUUUGAUGAUGGUUAUGAAGAAAAUUUUAUAAAUCAUUCUAAUCUUUUGAAUUUGUUAAUUAUGAUAGUGACGAACAAGCGAUUGAAAAAUUAA